AUGAAGAUAGUAACUUACAACGUAAACGGUUUGAGACAACGCAUAUCUCAGUUCGGUUCUCUCCGCAAUCUUCUCAAUUCAUUCGACGCUGAUAUUAUUUGCUUUCAGGAGACAAAACUUAGCAGACAAGAUGUUACAGCGGAUUUGGUUAUGGUAGAUGGAUACGAAUCGUUCUUUUCUUGUACCCGAACUUCUCAGAAAGGCCGAACCGGUUAUUCCGGUGUAAUUACAUUUUGUCGAGUAAAGUCUGCUUUUUCGAGUACUGAAGCAGCAUUGCCCUUGGCAGCUGAAGAAGGGUUCACUGGCCUAAUGUGUAACUCUCAAACUAGUGAAGAUAAAUUGCCACUCUUCGUAGAAGAUCUUGAGGAUUUUUCAAAAGACGAGCUUUUCAGUGUUGAUAGUGAAGGGCGAUGCGUUGUCACUGAUCAUGGUCACUUUGUUCUUUUCAAUAUUUAUGGGCCUCGAGCUGGAAGUGAUGACACAGAGAGGAUUCAGUUUAAACAAAUAUUCUACAGGAUACUGCAGAAAAGAUUGGAGUCUCUCCUGCAUCAAGGAAGGAGAAUCUUUGUUGUUGGUGAUCUCAAUAUUGCACCAUUUGCAAUUGAUAGGUGUGAUGCAGGGCCUGAUUUUGACAAUAAUGAGUUUAGAAGAUGGUUCAGAUCGAUGUUAAUUGAAAAUGGAGGCCACUUUUCUGAUGUCUUUCGAGCAAAAUAUCCUGAUAAAAGGGAUGCAUUCACCUGUUGGUCUCAAAGUACGGGUGCUGAAGUAUUUAACUAUGGGAGUAGAAUCGAUCAUAUUCUAUGUGCUGGUUCGUGCUUACAUAUAUUAGAUGACCUGCAAUGUCAUAGUUUUAUAAGAUGCCAUGUUAAAGAAUGUGAAAUCAUGACACAGUACAAACGGUUCAAACCAGAAAGCACACCGAGUGCCCACAUGCGGAAGGGAGGAAAGAGUGUUAAGCUUGAAGGAUCCGAUCAUGCUCCAGUUAUUUUGACUUUGAUGGAAAUUCCCGAGGUCUCUCUGCAUAGUACUCCCUCCUUAUCUGCUAGAUAUGUUCCCAUGAUUCAUGGCGUCCAGCAAACUCUAGUGUCAUUGUUGAUGAAAAGACGGGUUUCUGAUUCGUGCAAGAUGGCACACAGUGACAUUUCAGUGGUCAGUACUUCUGAGAGAAUAGAAGAACCAGUUGACAUAAUUAGUUCAUCUAUCCGUGAAUGUGAUUUUCUUCCAAACAAUGAUUCAGAAGGGAGCAUUUUAGAACCAAAUAAACUUUCCACGGGUUCUUCUCUGGAGACUGUUUCUAAAUUAGGAAGUGUAUAUAAAAAAUCAAAAAUUCAGAAAUGCAAUGAAUCCAAGAAAAAGAGUAGAAACAGUCAAUCGUCUCAGCUCUCACUUAGGUCAUUUUUUCAGAAAAGCACAAAUCUUGACAAUGGUAUCAAGGACUCCUGUAUUGGUUUAUCAAAUAGUCAGGCAGAACCCUCACAACCCAACUCUCAAUCACUUGAAAAUUCUACAGUGUUUGAUCACAGUAGCAGUCCUGUGCAAGAUGAGGCGAAUGCAGCAUAUGAUCAGGAUUUAGCUGAACUAAAUGAUAGUUCUAGAAAAGAAGAGAAGAGUAAUGUAGCUUCACAAGAGUGGCAAAGAAUACAAAAAUUGAUGCAGAACAGUAUACCUCUUUGCAAGGGACAUAAGGAACCUUGUAUUGCUCGGGUGGUAAAGAAACAAGGAGCUAAUUUUGGUCGCAGAUUCUAUGUUUGUGCCCGUGCUGAGGGCCCUGCAUCUAAUCCUGAAGCAAACUGCGGCUACUUUAAAUGGGCUACUUCAAAGUCUAAGAAUAAAUAA